GCGAAUUUCGCAGUUAUGAGUACUAGGUAUUAGAGUGGGUCCAGCUUGUUCGACUAGUGAUUAGUGAAGUGAACGUAAAUAAGUGCUUAUUCUAUUCACGCUAAAACGCCACAACCAGGUGGUCCGAGUUACCCGAGUCAGAGCACUUUUGAGUGCACGGGCAAAUUUGAUCGCAAUGUCUGAAGAUUGGGACGCGGCAUGGAGCCAACCAGCACCUCAACCCCAACAAUAUCAGGAACGCCAUCAAAAAGAUUGGAAUUCCGGAUCUGGGUCUGUCACGUUUACCAAUUCGAAUCGUGGCAGAGGUCGUGGUAGAGGCGGUAGAGGUCGAACAAAUAAUCAAAGAGCAGAAGAAGGUGGUGGUGGUUGGGGGGCAGAUACCAAAGUGGCUUCCUGGUCAGGAGAAACCUCAAGACAACCAGACUCAGGUUGGCAAUCGUGGGAACCAGAAGAAUCGCGCGAGAAUAAACCCAGAAGACAAAAUACCAGCAGUGACGGUUGGAAUGAUUUUUCCACUAAUAAUUCUUGGGGAGAACAAAAGAGUUUUGGGGAUGGUGGAGGCAGAGGAGGUCGUGGACGUGGUCGAGGACGUGGAGGCUCCCAAAAUAACCAAAGACAAUACGAUGAUAAAUGUGAAGUUCUAAUGAUUCCUACUAGAAAGGUAGGUAAAGUUAUUGGUAAAGGAGGCAGCCAAAUUGAAGAGCUUCAAACCAGAUCUUCCGCUCGUAUCAAAGUCAGCAGAGACAAUGAUGGUGAUGAAACUGCCAUCAACAUUUAUGGAGAUGAUUCAACUAUUAGUAGAGCUAAAGAGCUCAUAAACGAUUUGAUAGAGGAUAGACCCAGGGAGCGACAACGAGAGCAGCAGCCAAGAGAUUCAGAAUAUAAUGAGCCUGCACCAGAGGAACCAAAAAAACCCUACAACUGGUUUGCAUGUUUGGCUGAAUGCGAUGCAAAAGUGGCAGCUGACUGGGCCAAAUUGCCCCCAAUUAUCAAAAAUUUCUAUGAAGAACAUCCAGAGGUAACUGCUCUAACUGAAGAGCAAGUAGCUCAGUUUAGAGAGGAAAAUAACAAUAUCGUGGUGGACCGUACAUUCCAAAAAGAAGAUAGUAAACCCAUUCCCAAGCCAGUUCUAAGAUUUGAACACGCUUUUCAAAAUUAUCCAGGCAUUUUAGAUGAGAUUUAUAAAGCUGGAUUUGAAAGGCCUUCACCCAUACAAUGUCAAGCUUGGCCAGUAUUAUUGUCUGGAGAAGAUCUUAUUGGAAUUGCCCAAACUGGAACAGGCAAAACUUUAGCAUUUCUUCUACCAGCCCUGAUUCACAUUGACGGUCAAACAGUUCCUAGAGAAGAACGAGGUGGUCCGGCAGUUCUUAUAAUGGCGCCCACUAGAGAAUUGGCCCUACAGAUUGACAAAGAAGUGAAAAAAUACGAAUACAAAGGCAUCACUAGUUGUUGCGUUUACGGAGGUGGCGACCGAAAAAGCCAAAUCAAUGUGGUGGCUUCCGGCGUGGACAUAGUUAUCGCUACACCUGGCAGGAUGAAUGACUUAGAGGAAGCUGGUCACCUCAAUGUCAGAUCAGUCACCUAUGUAGUUCUGGACGAAGCAGAUCGUAUGUUGGACAUGGGUUUCGAGCCUCAAAUCAGAAAAGUCAUGUACUCGCUGAGACCUUCGAAACAAUGCAUAAUGACUAGUGCUACAUGGCCUCCAGGUGUAAGAAGAUUGGCAGACUCCUACAUGACCGAUCCUGUUCAAGUUUACGUCGGGUCAUUGGAUUUGGCUGCAACUCACACUGUCUCACAGGUCAUACAGCUUAUGGACGAAAAAGAAAAAGAGGCAUGCUUUAUGGAUUUCGCAAGGAAUCUAGGACCAGAUGAAAAAAUAAUCGUUUUUUGUGGCACCAAAGCCAAAGCCGACUAUCUUUCUGUGGAAUGUGCCUUGGCGAACAUCAUGUGUGCUUCGUUGCACGGUAACAGGGACCAAAGUGAUAGAGAACAGGCCGUGGAAGACAUAAAGAGCGGAUACGUGAAAAUUUUGAUUGCUACCGAUGUCGCUUCUAGGGGUUUGGAUAUUGAUGAUGUUACACAUGUACUUAACUAUGACUUCCCGAGAAAUAUUGAAGAAUACGUCCACAGAGUGGGUAGAACAGGCAGAGCCGGCAAAUCGGGCGAAAGUAUAAGUUAUUUUACCAAAAACGAUUGGGGCCAAGCAGCCGAGCUUAUUAAGAUAUUGGAAGAAGCUCAGCAGUUUGUGCCAGAAGAAGUCGUUCAAAUGGCAGAACGUUUCGAAGCGAUGAAAGAACGUCGCGAGAGAACGGGCGAAACAAAUAGAAGAGGAGGCUCGAGGUUUGGUGGUAGAGGAGGGGGUGGAGGAGGAAGGAGGUAUUAAUAAGUGGAUGUUAAUUUAGAGGGACAUUUUUUUUGGAGGGGUUCCUAAAACGUUGCUUUGGGCAAUCGUUAUUAAGUUUUUGUUUACUGAAUCAUUUUUUUUUACUUAUAUUAGUUAGGUAUAGAAUCUCAGUAUUUCAUUGUUUAGUUGAGUUUUGAUUUAAGUUAAAGUAUUAUACUUUUUAUAAUAAUUUUAUCUUCCUUAUUUCGCAUUUUUUAGAAUAAGUUAUUUUUCUGAAGAAAAUAUAAUUGUUUAUAAUGUUUUCGAAAUAAACAUAAAUAUUUUUCAUUUAUAAUUGACUUUAUUUUCAUUGCACUUUCUAAUAAUUUUAGUUAAAAAAAAUUACUCCUUAAAUUUGUUUAGUUCUUGUAAGGCGAUUUGGCUCUCUCGCAUACAGUUGAUUAUGUACCGAGUAUCUUUUGCUUCUCUUAGGUCUUUAUCUCUGUAGACGUCCACUUUUGGUCCGG